CUGUGACGUCAUGACGCCGGCGCUCCUGCCUCAGCUGACAGCAGAAAGGUUCUUGUUUCGAGCCUUUCAGCGUUUAAGUAAUCUUAAAUGUGACACAGAGCUCUAGAAGUAGAAGAGAAAUCUUCAUGCCAUGGAGUUUCUUAAAGAGGAGCCUGAAGUAUCAACUCAUCCAGAACCGUGCAGAGUGAAAGAUGAAGAGAUUGAGAAAGAAACAGGCCUGACGGAAGUGAAAGAGGAAAGUCAAGAUCUGAAUGAAGUUGAGGACAACCGCAGUUUUCAGACACUUGAAACUGGAGAAGACUCCCAGUCUGAAAAUCUCUCACAAAAAGGACACGAUAAAAAUCAUGCCGGAAAGAAGCUUUUAACAUGCAAUCAGUGUGGGAAGACUUUCAGUCAUAAAGGACACCUUAACCUUCACAUGAGGAGUCACACUGGAGAAAAGCCCUUCAUGUGUCCUCAGUGCGGAAAGAGGUUUAUUCAUGUGGGACAUCUUAAAGAACACAUAAGGAUUCACACCGGAGAGAAGCCUUUCACAUGCACUCAGUGUGGAAAGGGUUUCACACAGAAAGCAAGCCUGUCGUGGCACAUGAUAAUUCACACUAAAGAAAGCCAUUUAACUUGCUGUGAGUGUGGAAAAAGUUUCACACAUCAAGAAAAACUGAAGUAUCACAUGAAAAUCCACACUAAAACGAAUCCGUUCACAUGUCAUCAUUGCGGAAAGAGUUUUGUUCAUAAAGGACACUUUAACGAUCACCUGAGAAUCCACUCUGGAGAAAAGCCGUUCACGUGCCCUCACUGUGGAAAGAGUUUCAGUCAUAAAGGAUCAUUUAACGUUCACCUCAGAAUCCACUCUGGAGAGAAGCCGCAUACGUGUGAUCAGUGUGGAAGGAGUUUCAUUCAUAAAGGACUUCUUAAUGAUCACUUAAGAGUUCACACUGGAGAGAGGCCGUUCACGUGCCCUCAGUGUGGAAAGAGUUUCAGACAUAAAGGACACUUUAAUGUUCACCUGAGAAUUCACUCUGGAGAAAAAACAUAGUCGUGUGAUCAGUGUGAAAAGUUUUUCAUUUAUAGAGGACACCUUAAUGAUCACUUAAGAGUUUAUACUGGAGAAAAGUCUUUCGUGUGCACUCAGUGUGGACAGAGUUUUAAGUGGCACAUUAAAAAUAUCACACUAAAGAAGGACAUUUCAUAUGCCGGAAAAGUGAAAAGAACGUCACACGAGAAGCCUAAAACAUUCCCUAAAUGUGGAAAGCAUUUCAAAUAUCAAGAGCACCUUAAGAAUCGUAUAAAAGCUCACACUGAAGAAAAGCCUUGAGCCUGAUAACACUGAAAAUGACUCGCAAACUCUGGCCUCAGGCAAAAUAUAGGAAUGGGGCCCUAUACAUUUGCACACAUUUACCUAAAUCAACCUUGAGCUUCCUUUUGUUGUGAUGUUUGCUGCUGCACAAUGGUGCCCCAUAGUUGUGUCCAGUGUUUCUACAUUUUCCAUGUACAUGUUAUAAUGGCUUUCUUUCAUGUUGUAGACCAUUGUAAUAGCAGGUGAUUUACAGAUGAUAUACAUGUAUUUACAAAAACAAAAUAAAUUCGAAAAUGA